AUGUCUUUAAAGUGUAAACAGUGUGGAAAGUGUUUUAGUCAAGCAACACGCCUUAAAAGACAUGAAAAAGUUCAUUCUGGGGAAAAGCCUUAUGAAUGUAAACAGUGUGGCAAGUGUUUUAGGGAAGCAGCAAACCUAAAGGCACAUGAAAGAAUCCACACUGGGGAAAAACCUUAUAAAUGUAAACAGUGUGGCAAGUGUUUUAGUGCAGCAGGAAGCUUAAAAAGUCAUCAAACUGUUCACACAGGAGAAAAGCCUUAUGAAUGUAAACACUGUGGCAAGUGGUUUAGCCGAGCAGACUGCCUAAGAAGUCAUGAAAGAAUUCACACUGGGGAAAAACCUCAUGAAUGUAAACAGUGUGGCAAGAGCUUUAGCCGAAAAGAACACCUAAGGAGCCAUGAAAGAGUUCACACUGGGGAAAAGCCUUAUGAAUGUAAACAUUGUGGGAAGUGUUUUAACCAAACAGCAAGCUUAAGGAUUCAUGAAAGAAUUCACUCUGGGGAAAGGCCUUAUGAAUGUGAACAGUGUGGCAAGUGUUUUAGUGAAACAGGAGGGCUAAGGCUUCAUGAAAGAAUUCACACUGGGGAAAAGCCAUAUGAAUGUAAACAGUGUAGCAAGUGUUUUAGCCGAGCAUUAUACCUAAGGUUGCAUGAGAGAAUUCACAAUGGAGAAAGGCCUUAUGAAUGUAAACAUUGUGGGAAGCAUUUUAGCCAAGCAGGAAACCUAAGGAGUCAUGAAAGGAUUCACACUGGUGAAAAGCCUUAUGAAUGUAAACAGUGUGGCAAGUGUUUUUGGAAACCAGGAAGGCUAAGGAUUCAUGAAAGAGUCCACACAGGGGAAAAGCCUUUUGAAUGUAACCAGUGUGGCAAGUGUUAUUGUCAAUCAAGGUCUCUUAGGAGGCACAAAGAAGGCCACAGCAGAAAAAGUUUGCUUAAAAGUGACAGCAGCAAGGGUCAGUCGAAACAUUUGCAUUGUAAGGUUAAGAGAGCAGGAAGUGGUAUAAGGUCAGGAUUGACUAACAACACACUGUCACUGAGAGAGACUGCCAACAGUGGUAUGGAAGACCAGCAACCAGAUAUCAUCAAGGAACACAGCUGUUGGAUUUGUCAAGAGGAGUUGAGUAGCGAAUAUCUUCUUCUUCAACAUUAUGAA